CUCGAUAACCUAACAAGUUUCGGAAAUGUCACCUUUGUCGUUGGAUCGGAAAAUGAUGAAUUCAUCACCUUCCAUACCGAUUGAUUUCAUGGUGGAGAUCUUGUCGAGAUUGCCUGCAAAUUCAGUCGCCAGGUUUCAUUGCGUGUCGAAGCUAUGGGCAUCAACGUUGAGUAGCUCAUAUUUCAAGGAGUUGUUCAUGGCCAAGUCUUUAGCUAAGCCGCGCCUCUUGUUCGCCAUCGGGGAAAACGGAAACGACAAAGGUAAAGCCAAAGGGUAUGGUAUGUGGAGCUUCUUCUCCUUGCCUCAGCUCGAGAAUCCAUUUGAGAAAUCAACGUCGUCGACUACUCUUGUAGCAUCCGCUGAGUCUCAUGUGCAGAAGUUUUCUCCAGCCAGUAUAGAUAUCGAUUAUUAUAGUAACAUAAAGUAUUUCUCAUGUGGCUACAACUCUGGCUUGAUCUAUUUCCAUGGUUCUCGAUACCAAGGUAGACCUGUGAUUUGUAACCCCAACACAGGACAUUAUGCUGUCUUACCUAAAAAGUAUACUUACAGAAAGGCGUAUAGUUUUUUCGGGUUUGAUCCGAUUGACAAGCAAUACAAGGCGUUGUUUAUGGCUUAUCCAUCUGGUCCUGGUCAUCAUAGUGUUCUUACUUUUGGAGCUGGAGAUAUGAAGUGGAGAAAGAUUGAUUGUUCAGUUCGACAUGAGAUUAAGAGUGAUGGGGUUUGCAUCAAUGGCGUUCUGUAUUACUUAGGUGACACAUCUGAUUGUGAUAAUGAUGCUCAUGAAGGAUUGUCUGAUUAUGUGGUAGUUUGCUUUGAUGUUAGGUCUGAGAAAUUCAGCUUUAUUUGCGUAGAAAGGUUUUGUCGAUUGGUAGACUAUAAAGGAAAACUAGCUGUGGUGUUUUGGGAGGAUGAUUUCGACUUUUAUGAGGCUGCUACAUUUGAGUUGGAUGUCGACGAUUAUUUGGAGGAAAAUCUCAACGCUGUUGCCAAUAAUGAGCUGCAUGUUUGGGUUCUGGAGGAUGUUGAGAAACAGGAGUGGUCGAAACAUGCAUACUGCUGGAGUACUGAUGGUAUAUUUUUCCGUCGCCAGGUUUCCAUUGCUGGAGUGACUGCUUCGGGUGAAAUUGUGUUUUCAACGCGCAAGUAUACACCUAAACAACCGUUUUAUGUUUUCUACUUCAGUCCCGAACAGAACACUCUCCAACGUGUUGAAAUCCAAGGUUUCGGUGAAGCGUUUAAGAAACCUUGUAGCGUUCUCACCGUUGUGAACCACGUAGAAGAUCUUCAUGUUAACGAUUCAGAACUGCUCAAGCCAUCCUUUGAGGAUUCAAAUUAUUCAAAUUCAGAUUCAGAGUGACAAGAGACAAGGGAAAGAAGAUAUGAUGAUUCAUUGGAGUUAGGUGAAAGCAAUGAGCAUGUCAUUUUGUGCUCUUUAUCUCUUAUCAUGCUUUUUUUUUUCGCCUUUAUAAAUAACUUAUUAACAUCUCUUGUUCUUGUUCAGUCUUGUUUGUUGUUCAGUCUUGUUUGUCAUAUGAACUAUCGAUGAAUUAUAGUGAAUGACCUUUUAGCAGCUA